AAAUAAAGUUGGGUAUCUGUCUGUCACAUGCAACACAGACAACUUGAGUCGAUCAAUCAAACCAUCCACAUGCCAUGAUCCUCUCUCUUCCUAUUAUUAUCCUGUCUCCUUCCACUAAUCCCAUAUAUUUUCUCCAUUAUACAUCUCUAAUUAUCUCCUUCUUAACAUAUACUACUAGUUUUUUUAAUUACAUUUCUUUGUAUGACAUUCGUGACUAUAUAAUAAACUGAAUACUGAUCUUUUUCAGGUUGCGAAUAAACCAAGAAUGGCUUUAACCCAUCACAUCAUCCUAUUCCUCGUGGCACUUCUUGCCAUCUCCGUCACAGCCGUCUCCCCAGCGGGUAUACUGAAACCAAAACAAACCGUUCCUCCUACUACUCCUCCACCUCCGGCAAUCUCAGCGGCGGCUAAAGACUUCACCGAUGCGCACAACAAGGCCAGAGCCGCGGUUGGUGUUCCGCCUCUAGUUUGGAGCCCGACGCUGGAAGCCGCGGCGAGUAGGCUGGCUCGUUACCAGAGGAACCAGAAGAAGUGCGAGUUCGCGAGUCUUAACCCUGGGAAAUACGGGGCGAACCAGCUCUGGGCAAAGGGUUUGGCCGUGACACCGUCUCUUGCGGUGGAGACUUGGGUGAAGGAGAAACCUUUCUACAACUACAAGUCAGACGCGUGCGCUGCAAACCACACGUGCGGGGUCUAUAAACAGGUCGUGUGGAGAAACUCUAAAGAGCUCGGCUGUGCUCAAGCCACGUGUACUAAAGAGUCAACGGUUUUGACCAUUUGUUUUUACAACCCUCCGGGGAAUAUAAUUGGCCAAAACCUUAUUAAGCAAAAUUUGAUUUAUCAUAUCAUAACAUAAGCUUGGAAUAAUAAAAAUAGUUAAAUU